AUGUCUUUUCGCCAAGUUGACGCUAAUGGUUUUCAAAGUUCUCAAAGCUAUAAAAAUAACCAAAACUUACAAAAAUACAGACCUUUAGUUCCAAAGUUACCAUAUACUCAAAUGUCAGGUAUUCAAGUAUUAAAACUAAGUACUCUGAUGGUAGCUGCUGAUAUAAACACUCGAGUAAUAGAAAGGUCAAACAUUAUCAUUGAUAUUACUAUAAGGGAAAGACCAAAUGAUUAUGAUUCAUUGCAUGAAACUAAUAUUCUUCAGUCUAAGAAAAAUACUGGUUUUUUUUUACAUGAUGUUAACUCUGAACUUGAUCCCGAUAUCAAGAUGAAGAAAUUAAGACAAGAAAAGAAGAAGCAAAAAAUUUCUGAUGAUCAACCUCAAACUAUUGAUAGAUGGAGUAAUGACGAAACAUAUAAACUAUUGAUUUAUCUGAAAGAUAAUUUCAAUAAAUAUCAGAAGGGAAAAAAAUCUGAGUUUUAUGCUUUAGUUUUCAGAGAUAUUAUUAAAUCAAAAACUGCAGAAAGUAUUAAAAGGCGAUUGAAUAGACUCUUAGAAAAGUAUAGCAAAGUGAAGCAAGAAAAUAAUCAAAGUGGAUCAGGACGAGUUAACUGGAAAUGGAUGGAUAUUAUGGAUAAAAUUUUCAGAUGUCGCAAAAAUGUUUCACCUUCAUAUCUUUCAAAUGAAAAAUUAGAUUAUAUCAGUGAUAAAAUAGAUAAUAAUCAAAAUAUGAAGGGUGAGAAAGAUAAUAGAAAG